CGCAACCUCUUAGGCCGCUUUGAACGCGCCGCGCAGAUAGUGCCACGCUGUAAGCGAUCGUCGGUUUGCUCAACCAUACCCAUAGGCGACGCCGCUUUGCCCUUUAGGUCUGAAAGCAGCGCUUGAGCACUCCCCACAGUCUUGCAUCUAAGAGAGCACCUCACCUCGGAGAGCGCUUCGCACGCUGGCAGCAUUCGCCGGCAGCCAUGAGGGCCGAAGAAGCCAGCUCCGACCUCGAGCGCCUCCGCGCGCUGUUCGCGGCCGAGCGAACCGCCAACUUUCCCGAGUUCACGGACGUCUACUGCGUCGACGCCGCCGACGACGUCUUGGCCCGCUUCGCAAGAGCGCGGCGCGGCGACCCCGACGCGGCGCUCGCGUUCCUCCGCGAGGACUACGAGUGGAGGAAAGCGGAGGACGCCGCUUCACUAAGAUCGACGCCGCCGGCCGACGUCCUCGGUCAAUCGCCCGAUGUGCUGGCAGAAUACUACCGCCGCCGCUGUGUAGGUUUGGACAGCGCGGGCCGCCUGACCUUCUAUCAAGCUUAUGCUUGUUGUGUAGUAAAGAAGCUCAAGACCGUCGUGCCGCUCGAGAACGUCGUGAAAUACCACGCCUGGGAGCAGGAACGCGCCACGGCGAUGCUCGACGCCCUCCGGAGUAGGAAUCGCGGCGACGGCACGAUGGCCGUGAUCCUCGACGUCGCCGGCAUGACGAUCGGGAAGCACAUCAACAAGGACUUCAUCUGGCUCGUCAAGGCCAUCGCGGCGCAUGACCAGAGCCACUACCCCGAGCGCAUGGGCGUCACUUUCAUAAUCAACGCGCCCGGUGCGGCCCGCGGCGUCCGGGGACGCGGCGACGGCGUCUCACGCGCGACCGCGCAGGCGUAUUCGGCCUCGUCUGGCGCACUGUCCGGCCGUUCAUCGACCCGGCGACGCGCGACAAGAUAAAGAUCGUGACGGCGCGGACGGACUGUGCGUGUCAGUGUCUUCAACGGGCCUUCGCAACGCGACGUCCCACUGAGCGGGUCAUCACACAGGGCGGGAAGAGGUGCGCGCGGCUUUGGGCGACGGCGUCGUGGAGCGGGUCGAGGGCGGCGUCGACGUCGAUGGAGACCACGCGCGGCCGCCGGCCGCCGUCGCGGCGUCACUCUGCGCGUCAAUGGUAGGCCGCGACUCGGACGAGUCCGCCGGCGCGGCGACGACGCCGGCGCGGCCCGUGAGCCCGCCGGUCGAGGGCGCGCUCGCGCCGGCGCCGCUCGAGCGCAGAUCGUCGUCGGCCGAGCUCGACGAGCUCUGGCCGCCCGACGCGUCGCCCGAACGGCCCCUCGAGGCGCCGCUGCUGCCCCUCGAGGUCGCCGACGACGUCAAGCUCGAGCAGAUGGAGACCGGCGACGCCCCGCCCUCGGAAGGCUCGGAGGAGGCGAGCGCGCCGAAGAAGCCGCGGCCCAUUCGUAGGUUUGAGGUCCUGGCACUCGCGCAGGUGCUGGCGGCGUUCGUCGUCGCUGCCGUGGCCGCUGGCGUCCUGCUCUCAAAGGACGCCGGCGCCUUCACGGGCACCGCCCUACUGGCGGCCGUCCUCGCGCUGCCGCUGACGGCGCUCGGCCUCCGCGCGGUCUACCGGCGCGACGCCGACGCGUUCGUCAUGUACACGUUCCUCCAGCUCGGCCUCGUCCUGGCGCUCUGUUUUCUAUCGGUGGCGUCUCUGACAAUUGCGGCGAACGGCCGCGUCUCGGCGACGGUCCGCUUCCACCGCGCGUCCGUCGGUUGUGCCUGUUUGGUGCAGCUGCUCACGUCGUCGGCGACGACCUACAGCUCCUUCGGCGUCCACGCAUUAUUCGGCGCCUGAUUUGUGCAUAAGUAAUCAUUAUAUAUUCGA